UAUGGAAAAACUCAGCCGAGAGAAAUGGCAGCCCAGAGAGUAAAGUGGUGGUGGGGGCGGUGGUGCUGAUUCAAAGGGGGGAGGCGAGAGAGAGAGAGAGAGAGAGAGAGUUUCACAUAGACGCAGAGAGAGAGAGAGAGAGAGGGAACAUUCUGAGCAUUGGCCUUUUGUGUAGCAGUGCAGUGUGUAGCUGUGGUGGCUGUCAAAAGAUGAAGAACAGCUCAUCUUUUUGAUACUUGAAUAUUUAGCCUCUUUCAUCUCUCUCUCUCUCUCUCUCUUCAAAGCACUGUUUGCGUUCUUCGGGUCAUCCCUGCUUCUGAUUCUCUCUUUGCUCCACACACAACCCCCAGAAGAAGAAGAAGGAGAAGAGAGGCUCGAGGACGAAGAAAGAGGAAAGGAGGAGUUUUUAUUAGACAGCCCACUGGUUUUACCAUGAGGCAUUAUUAGGUUCUGAGAGAAAAAAAGAUUAUCACUGCUCCCACAAGGCAAAUGGGUGAAAGCAGAUCUCUGGCUUCUGGGUUUUGAAGCUUUGGUUGAAGGGCAGCAGUGACAGUGCUGCUGAGUAUUUAAAGUUCCAGCCUUUCUUGGAGAGGGUUCACACUUUCUUCUGGGAGGAUCUGGUUGCGGUUGGCGGUUGUGGGAUUUAUGCGGAUAGCGUGAAUUCUCCCUGCUGGGAUAAAUUCGAGAAGUAGAUCUUUUAAUCAGUGAAGAUGAAGUUUAUGAAACUUGGAUCCAAGCCUGAUUCUUUUCAGGCUGAGGGGGAUAAUAUAAGGUAUGUGGCAACAGAGCUUGCAACUGAUUUAGCCAUUAAUGUCGGGGAUGUGAAAUUCUACUUGCACAAGUUUCCACUUUUGUCCAAGAGUGCACGAUUGCAGAAGUUAGUUAAUGAAGAGAGUGCAGAUGAAAUCCAGAUUGGGGACAUCCCUGGCGGGCCUGCUGCCUUUGAGGUCUGUGCAAAGUUCUGCUAUGGCAUGACUGUCACUCUCAAUGCAUACAAUGUUGUGGCUGCUCGCUGCGCUUCAGAGUACCUGGAAAUGUAUGAGACUGUCGAGAAAGGGAACCUAAUCUACAAGAUUGAGGUUUUCCUCAACUCGAGUAUAUUCAGGAGCUGGAAGGACUCGAUUAUCGUUCUUCAGACCACGAGGUCACUCCAUCCAUGGUCAGAUGAGCUUAAGGUUGUGAGCAGGUGCCUCGACUCGAUUGCUCUCAAGGCCUCAAUUGAUACCUCAAAGGUGGAGUGGUCAUAUACCUACAACCGCAAGAAGCUCCCAUCGGAGAAUGGUAGUGGGGAUGAGGCCCACUGGAAUGGUGUGAGAAAGCAGCAGAUGGUCCCCAAGGACUGGUGGGUCGAGGAUCUCUGCGAGCUUCAGAUGGAUUUGUAUAAACGGGUCAUUACUACAAUCAAAGCUAAAGGUUCAGUUCCGAGCAAAGUGAUUGGAGAAGCUUUGCAGGCCUAUGCCCUCAGGAGGUUGCCAGGUUUCAGUAAAGGCGUGAUACAAAGCAACGAUAUUGCGAAGCAUCGGGCACUGGUGGAGAUGAUCAUGAGGUUGCUCCCUCUGGAAAAGGGGAGUGUCCCGUGUGGCUUCAUGCUAAGGUUGUUGAGGGCGGCAGUUUUGUUGGAGUGUGCGGAGAUGGAGAGGAACAAUCUGAUGGGGCGGAUCAGUUUACAGCUUGAUGAGGCCUCGGUGGGGGACCUCCUGUUCCGGGCCCCACCAGGGGAACCCACGAUGUAUGAUGUGGAGACUGUGGAGAGGUUGGUUGAGGAGUUUGCAAUGCACCAGCGAUCUGAUGAGAUCUCAAGGGUGGAUGAGUUUGGAGAAGAGAUCAAGAGCCCACUGAGGUUGUCAGAAUCAAAAGCAAGAGUGGUUAAGUUGGUCGAUGGUUACCUGGCUGAGAUCUCUCGGGACCCAAACCUGCCUUUGGCAAAGUUUGUUAAUCUUGCAAAUAUGGUGUCCGGUUUCCCAAGACCAACCCAUGAUGGGCUUUAUCGUGCCAUUGAUAUGUAUUUGAAGGAACAUUCUGAGAUAACGAAGAGUGAGAGAAAGAAGAUCUGCAAGCUAAUGGACUGCAGCAAGCUUUCUGCAGAAGCCUGCAUGCAUGCAGUCCAGAACGAGCGGCUCCCGCUCCGUGUGGUGGUCCAGGUUCUUUUCUUCGAGCAGGCUCGGGCAUCCACUUCCUCAGCAGGUGGCACCACUCCACCUUUGCCUGGACCCAUUGGAUCCCUGCUCCCAGGCGGGUCCCAUGGGAGCUCGAGGUCCGCUGCUACCACCAACACUGAGGAUGACUGGGAUGGGGUGCCCACACAGGAGGAGAUCCGGGCUCUGAAGGGCCAGCUCGCCACCCUGAGGCUAGGUGGGCCGAGUGAAAGGAACGGGCCUGAUGGGCAGGGCAGAGGGGACAGGGCUGCAGCAAAUAAGGUGAAGGGCCUGCUUGCUUCAAAGAUAUUCUCGAGGCUUUGGUCAAGUAAGGAUAGGCAGGGCGGGGAGCUGAGCAGCUCGGACACCUCCGAAAGCCCUGGGUCUGCCAAUGCCGGGGAGACCAAGUCCACCCCGUCGAGGAGUCGGAGGCAUUCUGUGUCUUAGGAAGCGUGAAGCCUGGAAUUGCCUCACGUUGUGCAGAGGGAAGGGAAGAAGGCUAGUUUUUUUUUCGAAAGAAUUUUAUUUUACUUUUGGUUAAAAUGUGAAAAGUUAUUGUCCCUCAAUUGACAAUUAGGGAGAAGAAAAAGGGAAGAUAUUUAGAAGAAUAUGCUGACAGAUAUCUAGUUACUGGGUACUAUUUGUAACUGGGCCUCCUUGGUUGGGAUGGGAAACUAGGUUGGGCCGGAGGUUUAGGGAUCGAGUUUUGUGGCUGCCACCUUUCUCGGCUUUUUGGCCGAGCGAACCACGGGUUGUGAAGGGGGGGAGAAACAUCUGUUACCCUCACAGGAUAUGGAGGUUAUGGACAGUGACUUUUGCUUAGUACUUAACAGGAAAUGGCUCUUAUUCGUUCUUAUCUGAU